AUGACUUCUGUAGAAUUUCUGGGAGAAGGUGCAUCAUUGGCAAGACCCCCUGCAUUCAAUGGAGCUGCCUACAUUCUUGAUAUUCUUGAAGCAGUAAUAGAUGGUCCUUUUGUACCAACCAUAGCUGGCACAGGUGAUUCAUCAAUCCCAAAACCCAGGUCAGAUUUGUCUGAGGAUGACAAGAAAAAGGAUGGAUACAAUGUUAUGGCUAAAAACAUUAUUACCUCUGCUUUAAGCGCUGACGAAUUCUUUAGGGUGUCUAACUGCAAAACUGCUAAGGACAUGUGGGACACAUUGCAACAAACGCAUGAGGGAACAACAGAUGUAAAAAGAGCCCGAAUCAACACACUAAUGCAUGAGUAUGAGAUAUUCAACAUGAAGAAAGACGAAUCUAUUAAUGAUAUACAGACAAGAUUUACUCACAUAGUCAAUAAUCUAAAUGCUCUUGGUAAGGUGAUUGACAAUGAGCAGCAAAUCAUCAAGGUUAUGAGGUGCUUGACCAGAGAGUGA